UGGCCCCAGGACCCCAGUUUCAUAAUUCAAUAUGGCGUCCAAUUUAAAGCUUUUGGCUUUUGCUGAGAGUGUAAAACGUUUGGCUACUUGCCGCUUAUUGUAUGGUAGUGCGUGUCGCUCUAAUAUGAACUUAGCAAUGUACAACAAACCAGCUCUCUUAGCAUUGUCUCCAUUUAGAGGUCUGUCAACUGCUUCGAACACAGACGUGAAUGAAAAGUUGGCAAUUGUGUACACUUGUAAAAUUUGUGAACAUAGAUCAUCGAAAGUUUUUAGUAAACUUGCUUACAAGAAAGGUGUUGUUGUCGUCAAGUGCCCUUCUUGUCAAAGUCAUCAUCUUAUCGCUGAUAAUCUUGGUUGGUUUGGUGAUAAAAAUAGAAAUAUCGAAGACAUUUUACAAGAGAACAAAGAUGCUGUGAAAAGAGAAUUGGACGAUUCUAGUUUUGAAAUUUUAACAAAAUUUUUAUUCGACAUUAAAACGUGAACAUAAA